CUGGAGAAGGGGGUGUCUGGAGGCGCCAUGUCGGGCCGGGAAGGUGGCAAAAAGAAGCCCCUGAAACAGCCCAAGAAGCAGGCCAAGGAAAUGGACGAGGAAGAUAGGGCUUUCAAGCAGAAACAAAGAGAGGAGCAGAAGAAACUCGAGGAGCUAAAAGCCAAGGCUGCUGGAAAGGGACCCCUGGCCACAGGUGGAAUUAAGAAAUCUGGCAAAAAGUAAGCUGUUCCUCAUAUCUGAGAUGAUGGUGACCCUCUUCCAUUCCUAUUUAAACAUCUGGAUUCCCUGCCAUAACAUCUUUGCCAUCUACAGCUAGAAUGAAGUGUUAUCCUGGAGCCUGUUAAACAUCUGGAUCCCCUACUAUAACAUCAUUGCCACCAAUAGUUAAAAUGAAGUGUUAUCCUGGAGCCUGUUGUACAUUGUAGUAAACUUUUGUAAAAAAAAAAAAAAUAAAUAAUAAUAAUAAAAAAUACAAAAAAAAAAAAAAAGAAAACGGGACAAAAUGGUAAGAAAAUAAGAUCAUAGCUGGAUAUAUAAUGUAUGGGUUUUUGUUUCUUUUGAGAACAAAGAUAAUCCUUUUAGAACUGUAUUGUUUUCAGGUCACUAUAUUGAGUUGCUUACACAGGGGAAUGAAAACCCUUCAUGUAAUAAACUUUGAAUCCAAAGUUCUAAAUCU